UCUACACACACCAACAACAAGAACAGUCUUAUAUCUACAAUACCCUCGAAGUCUAUCACACUUCAUAUCUCUUAGCAACCCAACAACUCAACAACUCAUUUACUUUCAACUUUCAACUUUCAACAUGGUCCAACUCGCCCAAGUCGCACUUAUCUUCACCACAGCUCUUGCUGGCUUUACCACUGCUAAAAGCUGCAACACUGGAGGCAUCUACUGCGGUACCUAUCUUCUUAAAAGAGGUGACUACAUUAAUAAGAUCAUCACCAACCUCCGUGCCAACAACAUGCCAACGGACGACAACACCAUCCAGCAAUCUCUAUGGAGCUGCCUUGAGCACGGCGAUAUUCAAUUCAAGGAGAUGUGCACCAGGGGUUGCGUCGGCGGCGAUAAAAAUGACGACUAUUGCACCGGAUCCCCCGACGCUGGAGGCGAGAAGAGGGGCGAGCCCGUUUUCUGGGAGGCUUAAGUCUUACACGAUUUGAGUCGAUGGGCAGAUCAUUUGGAGAUAACGUCCCAUCACUUUCUAUAUUUCAUUCUUCCGCACCUGUAAACUACCUAUGUAAAAGAUAG